GAGAGGGAGAUGGAGGGGGAGCGAGCUUGGUUCCGCGCUGCGGACACGAGCUAAUCGUGCUUAUGGGGCUGGGUCGUUUUUUCCUGCGCAGUUAUUACAUUUGUAACCUUUCGAUGGCACUCGUCGAUUGGUGCCACGGACUGUCGUAAUAGCGACCCUUCUGCUCCUCACGGAGUUAUGCCAGCUCCUGAUCAGAACCCUGUGGCAAAAGAGGGGUUGUGUUUGAGCAUUCGAGAAGGAUCAGCAGAGCCCAGCAUGGAGGCUGAGAGCACAGCUACAAACAUCCUGGCAUCAGUCAAAGAGCAGGAGCUCCAGUUUGAGCGGCUGACAAGGGAGCUGGAAGUGGAACGACAGAUUGUCGCCAGUCAGCUAGAAAGAUGCCGGCUCGGAGCGGAGUCGCCCAGCAUUGCCAGUAUCAGUCCUGAAGAGGCCUGUCUACAGCCUGAGCGUUCUUCAUCUAGCAGUUCUGGCUCGUCUGAGAAAUCCUUUCCCUGGAGGUCCGCAGAUGCCCCGUCAGCAGAAGUAACCAAACCUCGAUUGACUGACAUUCCUCAGACUUCGAUUUAUCGCAUUCGAACUGAACAGGAACAAGUAACACUCUACUCGCCUGAGCAGACCUCUCUUCAUGAAAGUGAGGGGUCUAUUGGAAAUUCCCGCUGCUCAACACAAAUGAAUUCUUAUUCUGACAGUGGAUACCAAGAAGCAAGCAGUUAUUACAGCAGUCAAAAUCUGGUCAAGCCGGAACUUAGACUUCAGCAUUCUUUUCCAGGAAGCACAGCCAACAGCACUCUAAUGAGAAAUAUCAGGGCGGAAGGACAAACCUUAGUCCAGGCACCGGUUUACAUUCCAGCUGGGCGGGCAAUGAGAAGAGUCAGCUCUGUUCCCUCUCGAACCCAGUCCCCAGCCUAUGGCAGCAGCAUUUCUCCAUCACGAGGAUCCUUGAGGACUUCUUUAGGUAGUGGAUAUGGCUCGCCAGCUGUCACUGAACCCAAACCCCUCAGCAGUAUGUAUUCAACCACAACACUGCCUUCUUCACAAAGGGCAGGUUCCCCGUUCACCAAUCAGAAAUCAAACUCGCCUGCUGCUGUACGACGGAUAGGUUCUGCUACAUCCAGACAGUCUACAAAUGCUAGUAGGGCCACCUCUCCAUACCAGGUACUGAGCAGCUCUGUUCGUAUGGGCUCUCCACUUACUCAUCUGGACUCUCAGGCAAGAGUUGGAUCCCCGUCGCAAAACCAGAACACUAGCUCCUCAUCCCCAGUGCGAUCCAGCAUGACAGCAGUCCCUCAGCAUUUUGGAUCAACUUUACAAAGAGUACUGCAUGCUGAUGCUGAUCCAUACGGACAGCAUUCAUAUGAAAUAUACGAGAGUAUGAUCCCUCCACGUCCUGACAGUCUCACAGGCUUGAGAAGCUCGUAUGCCAGCCAGCACAGCCAAGUUGGACAAGAUCUUCGAUCUGUAAUGUCUCCAGAUUUGCAUAUCACUCCCAUUUAUGAGGGAAAGACAUUUCAGUGUCCCCUGUACCGUGGUCCAAACCAUGGGACAGUCGACCUUCAUCAUGGUACUCAGACGGCAGUUUAUCGGACUGGCUCGGGAAUAGGCAAUCUACAGAGGUCACUCAGUCAACGCAGUGCUGCAACAUACCAAAGAAGUAACUACACGCUGAACGCCACCUCCACCUAUGCUGACCCAUAUCGUUCAUCCCAGUACAGACCCUCAGAAUCUGCCUACUCCAGACAGAUGACGACUGUUGAUGAUGGAACAACAAGGUCCCCCUCUAUAGACAGUAUCCAGAAAGAUCCCAGAGAGUUUGCAUGGCGUGAUCCAGAGCUACCUGAAGUGAUUCAUAUGUUGCAACAUCAGUUUCCUUCAGUUCAAGCUAACGCUGCAGCUUACCUUCAGCACCUCUGCUUCGGAGAUAAUAAAGUGAAAACAGAGGUAUGCCGACUUGGAGGAAUCAAGUAUUUGGUUGACCAUCUAGACCAUAAAGUUUUGGAAGUUCAAAAAAAUGCUUGUGGGGCCCUAAGAAAUCUUGUUUAUGGAAAAGCUACUGACGAAAACAAAAUAGCUGUGCGGAAUGCUGGUGGUGUUCCUGCCUUGCUGCGACUGUUAAGAAAAACUGUAGACGCUGAAAUUCGAGAACUUGUCACUGGAGUUCUCUGGAACCUAUCAUCUUGCGAUGCAGUUAAAAUGACAAUCAUUCGGGAUGCCUUAAGUACUCUAACAAACACUGUGAUAAUUCCCCAUUCUGGAUGGAACAGCUCGUCUUUUGAUGAUGAUCACAAAUUAAAGUUCCACAGUUCCCUUGUGCUUCGCAACACUAGCGGCUGUUUGAGGAAUCUCAGCUCAGCUGGUGAGGAGGCUCGUAAACAAAUGCGGACUUGUGAAGGACUGGUGGAUUCUCUGCUUUAUGUCAUUCAGACUUGCGUGAACUCAUCAGACUAUGAUAGCAAGAUUGUGGAAAACUGCAUUUGUACACUUAGAAACUUAUCCUACCGUCUGGAAUUAGAAAUGCCUCAAGCUCGACUGUUAAGAACUACUGAACUUGAUGGUUUACUUGGCAGCGAGUCUCCAAGCAAGGAUAGUGAUUCCAGCUGCUGGGGAAAGAAGAAGAAAAACAAGAAAAAAUCAGACCAAGAUGACCAGUGGGAUGGUGUUGGUCCGAUUCCUGGUUUUUCUAAACCUCCAAAAGGCGUUGAAAUGUUGUGGCAUCCAUCUGUAGUCAAGCCAUAUCUCACACUCUUGGCAGAAAGCUCUAACCCAGCCACUUUGGAGGGUUCGGCCGGCUCUUUGCAGAACCUCUCUGCCGGCAACUGGAAGUUUGCUGCAUACAUCCGUGCUGCUGUUAGAAAAGAAAAAGGACUUCCAAUUCUAGUGGAGCUCUUGAGGAUGGACAAUGACCGUGUAGUCUGUUCUGUAGCAACAGCCUUAAGAAACAUGGCACUUGAUGUACGGAACAAAGAACUGAUUGGAAAGUACGCCAUGCGAGACUUAGUCAAUCGUCUUCCUGGAGGCAACACAACAUUACUGUCUGAUGACACAGUGGCAGCGAUCUGCUGUACUCUUCAUGAGGUCACCAGUAAGAACAUGGAGAAUGCCAAGGCACUUGCAGAUUCAGGAGGAAUUGAAAAGCUGGUUAAUAUUACAAAAGGCAGAGGAGAGAGGUAUUCAAUGAAAGUGGUAAAAGCAGCAGCUCAGGUGUUGAAUACAUUGUGGCAAUACCGAGACCUUCGUAGCAUCUAUAAAAAGGAUGGUUGGAACCAGAAUCACUUCAUUACCCCAGUAUCCACAUUAGAGCGUGAUAGGUACAAAUCUCAUCCUACUUUACUCACGGGUAACCAGCAAGUGUCACCUAUUAUCCAGUCAGCUGGUAGUGCAACAUCCUCUCCUGCCUUGUUAGGAAUAAAAGAGCAACGUUCUGAUUAUCAGAGAACACAGCCAACUAUGCAAUUUUAUAACUACCAGGGAGACAACAAUGUACAUAAAGGUGUAUAUACAGGGUCUGGAAAGCCAUCCCCAUUUUUUAUAGGUUCAUAUUCAUCACCAGCAAGGGAAGAAUCCAGACGAACACAGCAUCACCAACUGUAUUACAGCCAAGAUGAACCAAGCAGAAGAAACUAUGACAGUUACAGAAUGUACCUUCAAUCCCCUAACAGCUAUGAAGACCCUUACUUUGAUGACCAGGUUCGCUAUCCUGGUACUUCAGAUUACACCUCACAACAUCAAGGACUGAAAUCUACCACAAACUAUGUAGACUUUUAUUCAACCACAAGAAGACCUUCCUACAGAGCGGAGCAGUAUCCAGGAUCUCCUGACUCUUGGGUUUAGUGUUUAAGACUGCAAUUUUUUUGUUUGUUUUUUUGUCUUUUAUUUUUAAAUAAACUGAAUGUGGAUCAGUUUUGUUUAAUUGUUUCAUGGAAAAGAAAAGAAUGUGAGCCAAAGAAGGAACGCCAGCAAGUGUUCAAGAAAAAGGAAUCCUGAAAGAAUAAAUUCAAAUGGUACUUGAGAAAAACUGUUUUGCUCUGUCUAGAUGUUAGGACAUUUUAUCUGUAGCUCUUGUAGUUUGGUGAAGGUGUGGGCCAUGUGACGAAAGGUCUGAGGUUGAGAAACAAAUAAACAUGGGAUUGUAUAUGUAGGCCAAAUUAAUCAUUUCAUACCUGUGAAGAAACUCUAAUGUUAGUUUGUACAGAUAAAUCUGAUUAUAUUCAUUUGCUGUGUUUUAUUGCUUUACAUAAUAUUGAGAUUGUGUAUACCACUGAGUCUUGUACAUUUCUUUCAUCUGUUGUAAAUAUUGAAAUGCCACAUGGUAUUGAUGAUCACCACUGGUAAUGACUUGUGCCAUGGUAAAGUAAAAAUAUAAGAUGGCAUAAUAUACAGAAAUUCAAGAGGCUAAUGAAAUAACACUUUUAGUUUUUAAAAGGAAAUUGCAUAAUUUCAGAGCAUAGAGAAAUUCUUUAUUUUUCCAUUUCCUGUCUCUUUCAUGGGGAUGGUUCACUGCCAUUUUCUAUGCACAUUAAAAAAAAGAAAUAAAUGUGAACAUUUCAUCCAUGGAAAA